AAGAUAAAGGCCUUUACUUGUAACAUUUUCUCUUACUUACAUGGUCCAUAACCGGAGACUUUUUGUUCUUUCUCCAUUAAUGAUAACAAUAUAAAACCCUAGGGUUCUCAUUCCACCAAUUUCAUCAAAUCUCCUCUAAUUCAACCGCUUAGGUUUGGCUGACUUGUUACUAUGGGAGGUGGCUUCAGAGUAUUGCAUCUUGUCAGACCGUUUCUUGCAUUUCUUCCAGAAGUGCAGAGCGCAGACAGGAAGGUCCCAUUCAGAGAGAAAGUCAUCUACACUGUGAUUUCUCUUUUCAUCUUUCUGGUGUGCAGUCAGCUUCCUUUGUAUGGCAUACAUUCAACGACGGGUGCGGACCCAUUUUACUGGAUGCGUGUUAUUCUUGCUUCAAACCGUGGGACUGUCAUGGAGCUCGGCAUUACUCCCAUUGUGACUUCUGGAUUGGUUAUGCAGCUGUUGGCUGGGUCAAAAAUUAUUGAAGUGGACAACAACGUUCGUGAGGACCGUGCACUAUUGAAUGGUGCGCAGAAGUUGCUGGGAAUCUUGAUUGCUGUCGGUGAGGCCGUAGCUUAUGUUCUAUCAGGAAUGUACGGCAGUGUUGGUCAACUCGGUGUCGGGAAUGCUAUUUUGAUCAUUGUUCAGCUAUGUUUUGCCGGAAUUAUCGUUAUAUGUUUAGACGAACUUCUCCAGAAAGGAUACGGGCUUGGAUCAGGAAUUUCAUUGUUCAUAGCCACUAAUAUCUGUGAAAGCAUCAUCUGGAAAGCAUUUAGCCCGACAACCAUUAACAGCGGGCGAGGUGCUGAAUUUGAGGGUGCAGUUAUUGCCUUGUUCCAUCUCUUGAUUACUAGAUCAGACAAGGUUCGGGCGUUGCGUGAAGCUUUCUACCGGCAAAAUCUUCCUAACGUGACCAACCUACUUGCUACCGUCUUGAUAUUCCUUAUUGUCAUCUACUUCCAAGGCUUCCGUGUUGUUUUGCCUGUGAGAUCAAAGAACUCUCGUGGACAACAAGGCUCGUACCCCAUCAAGCUGUUCUACACUUCCAACAUGCCAAUUAUUCUUCAGUCAGCACUUGUAUCCAACCUUUAUUUCAUUUCUCAGUUGCUACACAGGAAAUACAGCGGGAAUUUCUUGGUUGAUCUAUUGGGAAAGUGGAAGGAGUCCGAAUACUCAGGCCAAUCUGUACCGGUUGGUGGCAUUGCUUACUAUGUGACUGCACCAUCAAGCUUGGCGGAUAUGGCAGCCAACCCGUUCCAUGCUCUUUUCUACUUGGUGUUCAUGCUAACCGCGUGUGCACUAUUCUCGAAAACGUGGAUUGAAGUUUCUGGAUCAUCUGCCCGAGAUGUGGCCAAGCAACUCAAGGAGCAACAAAUGGUGAUGCCUGGACAUCGAGACUCAAACCUUCAGAAGGAACUGAAUCGAUACAUCCCGACCGCAGCUGCGUUUGGAGGAAUGUGCAUUGGUGCGUUGACUGUUUUAGCAGAUUUCAUGGGUGCGAUCGGUUCUGGAACUGGAAUUCUGCUUGCGGUUACCAUCAUUUAUCAAUACUUCGAGACUUUUGAGAAGGAGAAGGCUAGUGAACUAGGUUUAUUCGGCUUUUAAGUUGCUGGUUUUUUGACACUUGUUUUAGGUACCUGGUUUUUUAAAGUUUUGUUUGUAGAACUCAAAUAUUUUAUUUCUUUUUUUAAUUGACAAUUGACAGACAAAUACGUUACUCUUAAGGUUAAUCAAUAUUACUAUGUAAACUUUUUUUUUUAA